UGACUGUCAUGUACAUCAAAAAUUAAUGCCCCAGAACAUUUUUACUAAUUGUAACCUUUCAUACUGUAUUGGCUUGUAAAUUCCGAGGUGUAUAGUGCUAGCAGUAUAGAAUUAUGGCUCUUAGCGUUGUAAUCUUAUCUCUGCUGCUUAGCAUACAACUAUCAUCACUAGUUGUAGCACUGACUCUUUAUGACUCAGAGAUUUGUAAUGUAUACAGUGCUCCCUAUGGAACUCCAAUUGACAUUCAUAUAACAUGCUCUGUCUACCAUUAUGAUUCGUUUUCCUGCCCGAACAAUACUUUCGUCCAUGAAUGGAAGGCAACGACAUGUGAUCAAAGGUAUCAUUCUCAAUGCCAACCACUCAAUUGCCAUGGUUUUGUUGGAAUGAACCUCACGUACGAGUGCUCUUUUAAAGGAGCUCGGCUAUACAGGUACAAGAAUGGCGAGUACCAGUAUUUGAAUGGGUCCUCGGUUAACUACGGUCUACUAUUGCCAGAACAUGCUGGGCUGUACGAGUGUCGCAACGGCACAACUGGUGCAGUACAUUCUCAGAACAUCACUGUUAAUGAGGAAAUUCGUAUUGGUUCAACCAACUGUGAAGAAUUUUCACCGUCCAUUCAGCAGAAUAUGUGCUGCUCUAAUGGUGGCUUUUUAACUGCCUCAGAAUCUUAUAACUUUGCUGUGUAUGCAAACCCAGCAGACAAUGUGUCGGUGACUAUUGAGCAAAUUGAAUGGUUGGCAGAUAACGAGGCUCGGAGUGAUGUUGAUCUUGGACAGUACACACAGCAAAACAAAACUAAUCCUACGAUAUGGAAAGCUGGUUUCCGUUAUAUGCCAUAUAAAGUGACAAACAAGGAUUCGAACAUCAUAAUCUUGAUUACUGCCAGCACAGCCAACUACUCUUAUUCUGUUUCGGUUAUACUACAUAUUUCGGCUAUAAAAACAGAUUUCAAAAUUGAAAAUACAAGUCUACCUCUGAAUACAACGGUGUCUGCAGGGCAAGAUGCAAUAUUUCAAUGUACAUACACUUAUGCUAGCAUUCAAGAUGCUAGCGAGUUUCUGAUCAAAAUUGAUUAUCCAAUAUCAGCUGUUUCUGGAAAUACGACAACAAUUGAGACCUGCUCUAUAUACCUUUCUUUAUCAACACCAUACAACUACACCAGUGAUAAUUGUACAAUGCCUCCUGUGAAGAAAGUAGUCACUGUGAGUAACAGCAUAUCAUCUGUUGUAGAGUACACACUUCGUAUACCAAAAGUGACUGUUGAUCUAUCUGGAAGUAUUGUAUCCUGCUCAGUUGUUAAGUUCUCCAAACCUCAUCAUCUUCAAUGGAGGACGUCUGCCUAUCUAACUGUAAUCGACCCAGUAAUAUUAACUGCUGAACUACCCACAUCUGCUAUUGUGGUAGUAAUGUUACCAGUUAUUGUUGUGAUGGUUUAUCUAAUACGAAAGUGUAGACAAAGAAUCAAUCAGAACAAACAUUCAUAUCGACAUACUCGCUUGUGUGAAUCCCAGUCCACACUCUGUGACAUAGAGUCAGAUGGAGCAUUGUGUGUUCAGAUAUCUGAAAUUAAUGGUGUGCCAAGAAAUGGACUUAUGGUGGGAGAACAAGUACCCGGAAAUGACGUAAAAAACAAUGGUCAGACUGGAGUGUAUUCUCAAAGACUAGUUGAUGGUAGACCAAGUUCACCUUAUCAAAGAGACGAGCCACCUGAUCGUACUUUAGAGUUGUACGAUCUUUCUGAGCUCACAGAAUUUGUCGUCUACAUCAGCUACACCGAUGCGACAAGUGAAUGGGUGAGAAAUGAACUAAAACCACUCAUCGAAUUGUUACAUCCUGUUAUUCGUGUGAACAUUCAUGAACAUAGUAUGAUACCAGGAUUUUCCGUAUCUGGAGAGCGACACAGACUAAUACUGGGGGCAGACAAGAUUGUGAUUGUGGUCUCUAGUGACUAUGCAAGUUCUGAGUGGUGUGUAUAUGAACUGGAGCAUGCAAUUCAUCAGAAACCAGCAUUGUGUAAUGGCAGGGUCAUCCCCAUAUUAACUGAGAUUAGUAACCCUUUGCCGAAAAUCAUCCACGGUGUUGUGUGUCUGUACAAGGAUGAGAAUGAUUUCAAUGGGAGAUUGAGACAAGCAAUCUUUAAGAAACCUCAUUCUGUGCUUUAAAUGAAUUGUUAGUUCAUGAUUGUCAUGCGUGCUGUAGACAGUUAAAUUCAUCAACUGAAGUGUAUACUUUAUUGUGACAACAUACACAAUUAAUUUUUGCAAUAUAAUUA